AUGACUGCGAAGCAGAAGUUUCGGAUGCUUCACGUCUUUAGAUCUGCACAGAAGAUCUUCAAAAUCACAGCCCCAGCCGACGCGCGAAUCAAGGGCACCGCGGAGAGCGCCAUAAACACCUCAAAUCUCCGUAGUCUACUUCUUAACCUGCCAAACGAGUUGCUCUUUCGGAUCACCAGUUUCCUGGAAGAUGAAUAUCAACUCUUACUUCGUAUUUGCUGCCGACAACUUCACCUCUUACUUAGGGGUCUCGACCCGAAACUAUGUGAUUUAAGUACGAAGCUGCGGUUCUAUAAAUGCCUCGAGCCUGACUACCCGGAAUAUCUUCCCUGCCUAGUGUGCGGAAUCAUGUUCAAAUGGCGCUCUCCGCUUAUGUAUGUCUGCUGUCCACGCGAGGGUCAGCACCAGACUAUGUCUAAAUGGACUUCGGCGGUAUACGAAUAUUGGUACUUAGCAGGAACAAUUGAUAUUCGAAUGAGUCGCUUAUUUAUCGGAUCGAUUCUCCGUGCUCACGAACGAGGUGAGCGAUACGGGUAUCCCGUACCCUCCUUGCGAUCGAGCGGACUGCAUCGCAACGGCGUCUUGUCCCAAAACGAUGCACGCAUGAUUGGUGGAGAACUUGUGCUUGCUACGCGAUGGGAGCUGGACGCAGAUCUUCGAAUGGAAUGGAAAGAACAGGUGAAGCUCUUAUUCUGGGCUUCUUGCUUGCAUUGGCGAACCAACGGAUGGCACCACAAGAUAUCGGCGUUACUCAAGGGUGCGUCCACGAACACGAUGACCUUGAAACGGGCCGGUCUGGACAGCCGAGACUCUUAUGAGGACUCCUGGGCUGCCAAAGUUGCAAAAAUGAACCGCGAGGGACUUUCGCCCAACGGCAAGUAUGGAUUCCCAGUACCCACUACCAUGGGUGCUUGCGAACAGACAAAUGAAUGGACGAGCUCCUGGGAGAAAUCCUUCUCUACACUUGUGAGCAAAAUGUUCAACUUCGAACAAGAAAUACAUGCGGGAAUGCAGCAGAUGCACCAGGUCAUUCAGCACCAAGUCGUCCCGAGCCUCUUACGACCUCUGGAAACAGGAGGCAGAGAGAUCCAGCCGACGAUAGUGCAUGGCGACAUAUGGAACGGCAAUACCUCUGUCGACGCAACAACAGGAAAGCCAGUCAUCUUCGACGCUAGCGGCAUGUAUGCUCACAAUGAGUAUGAAUUCAGCGCAUUGAACCAGCCGCGUCAUAGGAUCUACCGCUCCUACAUCGGCGAUUAUCAGAAACACUUCCCGGUCUCUGCUCCAGAGGAGAACAUCGAAGAUCGCUUGAUCCUUUACCGGCUCCGAUUCAACUUGUAUCAGCAUGCUCCCUAA